AUGCAUGGGGCAGACGUAAGCAUUCAUGGGCCAGUGUGCGCCAGGUUCCUGGUGCAUGACUGCAGAUCAGCCUAUAGCAUGCCAGAUUUUGAAGAAAUAAAUUGCUGGUGGAAAGAUGUAAAACUGGGAAAGCUGCCCCGCAAGGGCCUUGAAGAUGAGGCAGAACACGGAGAUAACCCCGUUUACCUCCCGUUAUGGCGGGGACUGGUUAAACCCAGCCGCUCUCUGGCGGGUGGGACCGGCGGUAGGGACGAUCCCCCGGGAAUCACCUCAGCGAGGCCGCCGGCCUGGCGCCUCAGCGAUUCCCCCGCUGCCCCCAACAAUGCCAGCCCCUGGCAGCUGGGGGAGCAGGGGGAGGUACGGCCCCGGUCCGUGGAGCUGGGGCUAGAGGAGAGACGCAUCAAGGCCAAGAUUGAGGAGCUGGAGGAGGAGGACGGGGACGAGGGGGACUCCGAGGCGGCCUUCUCCAUGGGCAGCUGUUGCAGUAGCCUGCUGCAGAUCUUCAAGUCCAAGAAGUUCCAGUCGGAGAAACUGGAGCGCCUCUAUCAGCGCUACUUCUUCCGGCUCAACCAGAGCAGCCUCACCAUGCUCAUGGCUGUGCUGGUGCUGGUCUGUGUGGUCAUGCUGAUCUUCCAUGCCGCACGGCCACUAUGAGGUAUCCUACGUCGUGGUGCUCUCUCUGGCAUCCUGCUGAUGGUGGUGCUGUGCUUGGUGUGCAACCGCAACGACUUCCACCAGGACCAUAUGUGGUUGGCGUGCUACUCUGUCAUCCUGGUGAUCCUGGCAGUGCAAGUGGUAGGGGUUCUGCUGGUGUGGCCCAGGAGUGCUUCGGAGGGCAUCUGGUGGACCGUCUUCUUUAUCUACAGCAUCUACACGCUGCUGCCAGUGCGGAUGAGGGCUGCGGUCAUCAGUGGGGUGGUGCUCUCUGCCAUCCACCUGGCCGUCUCCCUCAAGAUCAACGCGGAGGAUAAGUUCCUCCUGAAGCAGCUGGUCUCCAAUGUUCUCAUCUUCUCCUGUACAAACAUUGUAGGCGUGUGUACCCAUUACCCAGCAGAGGUGUCCCAAAGACAGGCUUUCCAGGAGACCAGGGAAUGCAUACAAGCCAGGCUGCAUUCUCAAAGGGAAAACCAGCAGCAGGAGCGUCUCCUGCUCUCUGUACUUCCUCGACAUGUUGCCAUGGAGAUGAAAGCUGACAUUAAUGCCAAACAGGAAGAUAUGAUGUUUCAUAAGAUCUACAUCCAGAAGCAUGACAAUGUCAGCAUCCUCUUUGCAGACAUAGAGGGUUUCACAAGUCUGGCCUCCCAGUGCACUGCUCAGGAGCUGGUCAUGACGCUGAACGAGCUCUUUGCCAGAUUUGAUAAGCUAGCAGCGGAGAACCACUGUUUACGUAUCAAGAUCCUGGGUGAUUGCUAUUACUGUGUGUCUGGGUUGCCAGAAGCAAGAGCUGACCAUGCACACUGCUGUGUUGAAAUGGGAAUGGAUAUGAUAGAGGCCAUCUCAUUGGUCCGGGAGGUGACGGGAGUAAAUGUCAACAUGAGGGUUGGAAUCCACAGCGGGAGAGUUCACUGCGGGGUCUUGGGCCUUAGGAAGUGGCAGUUUGAUGUGUGGUCCAACGACGUUACGUUAGCCAACCACAUGGAAGCAGGGGGCAAAGCUGGGCGCAUCCACAUAACAAAAGCAACCCUGAACUAUCUCAAUGGAGACUAUGAGGUGGAGCUGGGCUUUGGAGGGGAACGCAACGCUUACCUGAAAGAGCACAGUAUUGAGACCUUCUUGAUUGUACGGUGCAGCCAGAAACGGAAAGACGAGAAAGCCACAAUAGCCAAGAUGAACCGUCAGCGCGCUAAUUCCAUCAGCCAUAACCCGCCACACUGGGGUGUUGACCGGCCCUUUUAUAACCACCUUGGAGCUCACCAGGUCUCCAAGGAGAUGAAGAGAAUGGGUUUUGAGGACCCCAAGGACAAGAAUACACAGGAAAGUAUGAACCCAGAAGAUGAAGUGGAUGAGUUUCUGGGCCGUGCCAUUGAUGCUAGAAGUAUUGAUCGGUUACGCUCUGAGCACGUGCGCAAGUUCCUCUUAACAUUCAGGGAGCCUGACUUGGAAAAAAAGUACUCCAAGCAGGUGGAUGACAGGUUUGGAGCCUACGUGGCUUGUGCCUCCCUAGUCUUCCUCUUCAUCUGCUUUGUUCAAAUCAUAAUCGUGCCACACUCUACAUUUAUGCUGGGGUUUUACCUGACCUGUUUCCUGAUCCUGACCACAGUGGUGUUUGUUUCAGUCAUUUACUCCUGUGUAAAGCUUUUCCCAGCUCCACUCCAAACCCUUUCUAGGAAGAUUGUACAGUCCAGGACCAAUAGUACCUUAGUUGGAGUCUUUGCCAUUAUCCUGGUUUUUCUAUCUGCCUUUGUCAACAUGUUCAUGUGCAGCACUGUGGAUCUUGCCAGCUGCAUGGCUGCAGAAUACAACAUCACACCUGACCGGGUGGACAUAUGCCUUAUCAGCAACCUGACUUCCAACUACAGCCUGGGCACCUUGCAGGGAUUCUGUGACAGUCCUUUGCCCAACUGCAACUUUCCAGAGUACUUUACCUACAGUGUCUUAUUGAGUCUCCUGGCCUGCUCUGUGUUCCUUCAGAUCAGCUGUAUUGGAAAACUGAUCCUUAUGUUAAUCAUUGAAUUUAUAUAUGUUCUCAUUGUGGAAGUGCCAGGGGUCAACCUUUUUGACAAUGCAGAUCUCCUGGUUACAGCUAAUACCUACGUGUCUGCAAAUGCAACGUUACCAUGCUCUCCAACGACAAGAGUUGCGCUGAAGAUUGUAACCCCUGUCAUCAUUACCGUCUUUGUCCUGGCGCUGUACUUGCAUGCCCAGCAAGUGGAAUCCACUGCAAGGCUCGAUUUCCUCUGGAAACUCCAGGCCACUGAAGAGAAAGAAGAAAUGGAGGAGCUACAGGCCUAUAACAGACGCCUCCUCCACAACAUUUUGCCAAAGGACGUGGCAGCCCAUUUCUUGGCUCAGGAGCGGCGAAAUGAUGAACUGUACUACCAGUCCUGUGAGUGUGUGGCUGUCAUGUUCGCCUCCAUAAGCAACUUCUCAGAGUUUUAUGUGGAACUGGAGGCCAACAAUGAAGGGGUGGAGUGUCUAAGACUGCUCAACGAGAUCAUUGCUGAUUUUGAUGAAAUAAUAAGUGAAGACCAAUUUCGGCAGCUGGAGAAGAUCAAGACCAUCGGCAGUACAUACAUGGCUGCGUCAGGCCUCAACGAUUCCACUUACGACAAGGAUGGGAAGACACAUAUCAAAGCUCUGGCUGAUUUUGCCAUGAGGUUAAUGGACCAAAUGAAAUAUAUUAAUGAACAUUCAUUCAACAACUUCCAGAUGAAGAUAGGCCUCAAUAUUGGUCCUGUCGUAGCUGGGGUGAUCGGAGCACGCAAACCCCAGUAUGACAUAUGGGGCAACACGGUGAAUGUAGCCAGCCGAAUGGACAGCACAGGUGUGCCUGACAGGAUUCAGGUAACCACAGACAUGUACCAAGUUUUAGCAGCCAACAACUAUCAGCUGGAAUAUCGAGGGGUCAUUAAGGUCAAAGGCAAAGGAGAAAUGACCACCUACUUUCUAAAUGAAGGGCCUCCGAUUAGUUAG